UGAAACGAGGGUUUAACAUUUGUUGCAUCUUUUUAGCACGCACGUUCUCACUUUGCAGUUCAACCCAGCUAGCAUUCUCAAUCGUUCUCCCGCUCAUUCAUUCCUCUGGUCCUACUUUGGUGUGUAAAUUUCCAACACUUGCAAGUUCUGCCAUUCCUCUCAUCUCAUAGCAGAGUGGUGCUUCUGAGUGUGGCUGUGGCGCUGGUUGAAGUUGAAGGUAUGUUCUGCAAAACCAAAACCUACACUCUUUUCUACCAUAACAAUGCAAGAACUAUAUCAAGCCUCAAAGUAGUGUGGCGCAAGGACCCAACACUGGACCGAGCUAUAGAGUACGACAAGCGUUACAAGCAAUGUGCCCGCGUCGUCAAAGAAGUCCUCAACGAACCAGGCCAAGUCAUUCCUCUACGCUACCUCGAGAAGCGCCGCGAAAGGAUGCGCCUCAAGGUCAAAGCCGAAACCUUUAUCAACCAAAACCCCGGUUUGUUCGAUGUCUACUACAGUCGCAUCAAACCCAAAACUGAACCGGUUCGCUUCAUACGCCCCUCCGACCGCCUUCACUGCUUUCUCCAGGAAGAGCAACGGAUUUUCUCCGAGAACGAACCCUUCAUUGUCUCCAAGUUGUGUAAACUGUUAAUGAUGUCCAAGAACAAGUUUAUCAGUGCUGAUAAGUUGCUUCACGUGAAGAGGGAGUUCGGGUUCCCUAACGAUUUUUUGGUUGAUUUGGUUCCUCGAUAUCCGCAAUAUUUUAGGUUAACUGGGUCUCCUGGAGAGGGGAAAUCGUUUCUUGAAUUGGUUGAUUGGAACCCCGAGUUUGCAAAAUCUGUUAUUGAGAAAAGAGCCGAGGAGGAGAGUGAGCGAUUGGGGAUUAGGGUUAGGCCUAAUUUCAAUGUGGAGCUACCGCCAGGGUUUGUGUUGAAGAAGGAGAUGAGAGAGUGGGUUAGGGAUUGGCUGGAGCUUGAUUAUGUGUCCCCUUAUCAGGAUGUGUCCCAUUUGGACCAGGCUUCCAGAGAGAUGGAGAAGAGAUCUGUUGGAGUGUUCCAUGAACUGCUUUCCCUUUCCUUGCAUAAGAGGAUUCCGGUUCCGAUCCUUGGAAAGUUUUGCGAUGACUAUAGGUUUUCCAAUGCGUUUUCCACCACUUUUACCAGGCAUUCGGGGAUAUUCUAUCUGUCCUUGAAAGGUGGAAUUGAGACGGCAGUGCUGAGAGAAGCAUACCAAGGUGAGGAGUUGAUUGACCGUGAUCCGUUGCUUCAGAUAAAAGAUAAAUUUGUUGAGUUGUUGGAGGAGGGAUGGCGGCAAAGAAAGGAACAAUUGAUGUUGAAGCAAGAAAGGAUUAAGGAAGAUAUGGAGCUAUUGGCCACGAAAGUUGGUGAAUGAAGGUGUAGACCAGGUGUGUUGAUUGAUAUGAAAAACUUUAAAUUUUUGUGAGGAAAAAGCUUGACCGUUACUGGCUAGAACAACCCUUCUCACUUGGUAUGAUUUUUAGUUAGUCUUAAGGUGCAUGAAUUGCUGCACAACUGAGUCAUUCAAAUUCUUCAUUUGAUGCAUCAGAGCAAAGUGAAAUUUUACCUCAUAAUGUCGAUAUGCCAGGGAGUGAGCUUGCUGUAAAAGUAACAUACCCAUUAGUUACCUAGAUAUAGCCUUUUCUCGUACCUCUUUUACUCCAGAUGUAAUUUUCAUCUAUAAUUAAAUCAGCUAAGAGAUAAUCAAUCUCUUGAGCUCUUUUUAUUACAUUUUCAGUCUUAAGUGUUAAUUCUCUAUUUCCUCUAGUUAUUUCACUGAGGAGCAAUGUCACAAGUCUUCAGUAAUUUGAAUUUUUAGUGUCAGUUAGUAGUUUGAGGCACCGUCAGCUUGUUCAAGACAUAGAUACGGGGCCUUGUUCUGCCCCACAUGCUAUAUAUAAUUAAAAUAUCAAUAAAAAA